GGCAGGGCUUGUUCCCUAUAUAAAAAGCCAGCUGGCUGAAGGGACCACAUCAGACCAUCUCUUCUUCUCCGUGAGCCAGGAUCAACCACUGCUGAAGCAUGAGUUCCCACCAGCAGAAGCAGCCUUGCACCAUACCCCCUCAGCUUCAACAGGAACAAGUGAAACAGCCUUGCCAGCCUCCACCCCAGCAGCCAUGUGUCCCCCAAACCAAGGAGCCCUGCCAUCCCAAGGUGCCUGAGCCCUGCCAUCCCAAGGUGCCUGAGCCCUGCCAACCCCAGGUGCCUGAGCCCUGCCAGUCCAAGAUGCCGGAGCCCUGCCCCUCAACUGUCACUCCAGUACCAGCUCAGCAGAAGACAACACAGAAGUAAUGGUCUACAACCAGGUCCUUGAGGAGCCAAUCACUGGAUACUGACCCCCUUCCCAUUAUUCGUAUGGAUCCCAGUUGCCUCACAACAGCAUGCUGUCACCUUGAGUCACAGUCCCUCUCAUUUGUACCCUAAAAACAUGUGCUAUGAAGUUUUUCUUUCUACACAUUUGGGCCCUUGGAGCCUCUAAAUUAGACUGAAGAACUUGGUAGCUAAGCUGGUUCUCAGCCGCUCAAAAUUUCUCUGAAGAGGGACUUAAGGUGAAAAUAAGUGAUUCCGUUUUGUUUCGGCCCAUUAAAUCCACUUUCACUCCA